AUUUUUAAAAGCUGUAUCAUCCAUUUCAGACCAUGGCAUAUUAUAUAGAUGUUGAGCAUGGUGCCGCUUUUGAAGUUUCUUUGGCAUCAGAGGGAUCUGAAGAUUUUGAUAUUUACGGAACGUUCGUAUCCAAACAACAUGAAUAUUUGGUACAACCACCGAGGGAUAACCGAAGUACUUACACAGUAUCGCUGAUGGAAGAAAAGCUGACAAAAUCGUUUGAUUAUAUUAAAUUGUCAGACACAGACGCUAAAAUAACUGAAGGAAAGAUGCAGAAUCGCUCAGAGCAGACAAUAAAUACCAGAGAAAAGCGACAGACGACCGACUACGAGAUCGAAAUUUUCUUCGUGAUUGACUUUGCACUUUACAAAUGGACAUAUGCUUUGACUGAAGGAGAAAACGACAGACACACUGCCACAGUUAAUAAACUGUUACAAUACACCUCUUUUUUGUUAAACGAGAUUGAUGUACGAUAUCAAAGUAUGAAAGACUACUCGUAUACAAUAUCCUGUCUUUUUGCUGGAAUUUACAUAGCUGAUGAUCCAAGCGAUUCCAAGUUUGUAGAAGAUCGUGUCGUCAACGAUGCAGGAGAAGCAAAUGGUAACUUAAUACUAAGUGAUUUCAUUCAAUGGGGAAAGGCUUCAAUAAGUCAUUUUAAUUAUGACCAUGCUGCUUUGCUUACAGGGAAAGAUAUCGGAUUUAUACAAGAUGGUAAAUUUACUAAUCGUCUAUUAGGUGCGUUGCGUAUUUCUUCCGGAGUUUGUGGACCAUAUGGAUAUUCUGUCAAUGAAGUGACAGCAUUCAAACCGACGAUGGCAAUAAUUGUCGCACAUGAGCUUGGACAUAAUCUCGGAAUGGAACAUGAUGGUGAUACAAAUAGCUGUCCAAAUGGAAAUGUCAUGGCACAAUAUUUUCAAAUAACCAAGGAUUCAUCCACGAACAAGAAAUACUGGCAGUUUUCGUCUUGUUCACAGACAUAUCUUGACUCUUUUAUCACCAAAUUAGAUCAAUACUCUAAAAACUGUUUGACUGCAAGAACAGCGACAGGCAAUGAUGACAUUGACCCUUAUGCAAAUGACCUUGGAGGUCAAGUUUACAAUCCUGACACCCAAUGUGAGAUGAUGCAAGGAAAAGGAUCGUUUUUGUACAGGACCAAAUACAUCAGUGAUUUUUCAACAAUAUGUAGCACAUUGUUUUGUGCUAUACAAGGCAGAGACGGUUAUGCCAUGCCCAAAAUUCCAUGGCAUGGUACCACAUGUGGAAAUGGCAAGAUGUGUCAAUUAGGGCAUUGCGUCGAAUCUCCCCUAGCACCUCCAGUCAACGAUGAAGCGUGCCCAUUUGGAGAUACCCCUUACAUUGUUCCGCACCAAACAUCUGGUUGUUCCGAUCUUCUUGGAUCUCCUGCAACAACUUACAAUUGUUACCAUGAAGCGAUCAGGAAAGACUGCUGUGCUACUUGUGAAGCUAUAAAGAAAACUAACAGGGCGUAUGUAGAUUGUGACUAUGGAGAUAAAAAGUCAUAUUGUGUAGGAAUGUCAUUACAACUGUGUCGAAAUAGCUUUAAAGUUUGCUGUAAAACAUGCCAAGAUAUACGAUUAGAUAUUCCAGGCUGUCCUUGGGGUGAUGAAUAUACUGACUGUACUCAGAGUCAUUGCACCAAUGAUUUUUCGAAAUGUUGCCAAACCUGUGCCGCAACUAAUACAGCUUUAACGACAGCCGCUACUUCUACGAAAACGACAGUAAAUCGAGCCGCAGUACGACAACAGUAA